AUGACUAAACCAACUGUUGGAAUUAAUGGAUUCGGAAGAAUUGGAAGACUCGUACUUCGUGCUGCUGUUGAAAAAAAUACUGUUCAAGUAGUUGCUGUUAAUGAUCCAUUUAUCAAUAUUGAUUAUAUGGUUUACAUGUUCAAGUAUGAUUCAACACACGGAAAAUUUAAAGGAUCCGUUACUCAUGAUGGAUCUAACUUGAUUGUCAAACAAGAUGGAAAGGAUGCCCACAAAAUUAAAGUUUUCAAUUGCAGAGACCCAGCUGAGAUUCAAUGGGGAGCUGCUGGUGCACAUUAUGUUGUUGAAUCAACUGGUGUUUUUACUACUCUUGAAAAAGCUGCUGCUCACAUGAAGGGUGGUGCCAAAAAAGUUGUCAUCUCAGCUCCAUCUGCUGACGCUCCAAUGUUUGUUAUGGGAGUUAACCAUGAAAAAUACAAUGCUGCCAAUGAUCAUAUUAUUUCUAAUGCAUCAUGUACCACUAACUGUUUAGCUCCAUUAGCUAAAGUUAUUCAUGAUAACUUUGGAAUAAUUGAAGGACUUAUGACAACUGUUCAUGCUACUACAGCUACCCAAAAAACUGUUGAUGGACCAUCUGGAAAAUUGUGGAGAGAUGGAAGAGGUGCUGCUCAAAAUAUUAUUCCAGCAUCAACUGGUGCAGCUAAAGCUGUAGGAAAAGUUAUUCCAGAACUUAAUGGUAAACUUACUGGAAUGGCUUUCCGUGUUCCAACACCAGAUGUUUCUGUUGUUGAUCUUACUUGUCGUCUUGAGAAACCAGCUACAAUGGAUCAAAUUAAGGCUGUUGUCAAGGCUGCUGCAUCAGGACCAAUGAAGGGAAUUCUCGAUUACACCGAAGACCAAGUUGUCUCAACUGAUUUUGUCUCAGAUUCUCAUUCAUCAAUUUUUGAUGCCGAUGCUUGUAUUUCUCUUAAUCCAAAUUUCGUCAAACUUAUCUCCUGGUAUGACAAUGAAUAUGGUUAUUCUAACCGUGUUGUUGACUUGAUCUCUUACAUCAGUACCAGAAAUUAA